AUGACAGAGACAGUGACUCUCCAUACCUACUUCCGAUCCUCCUGCUCCGCACGGCUGCGUAUUGCCCUGCAUCUCAAGAAGAUCCCUUUCAAGCCAGUUUACGUGAACUUGUUGAAGGGCGAGCAGUCAUCCCCAGCCCAUCUAUCCAUCAACCCAUCAGGCACCGUUCCCACACUCGUCGUCCAGCGUGACUCCAAAGACCCGGUCGUAAUAACUCAGUCACUUGCGGCCCUGGAAUACCUGGAGGAUGCAUUCCCAGACAAGGGCCCAGCUCUGUUGCCUCCGACUUCGGAUCCGGAGCGUCGCGCACUUGUGCGCACACUAUCACAGAUCAUCGGAUGUGAUAUUCAGCCAGUCACAAAUUUGAGGAUCCUCAAGCGAGUUGCGCCCCUGGGUGCUGACCGAGCAGGUUGGUCCAAGGAUUUGAUCGAAGAUGGAUUAAGGGCUUAUGAGGCUAUUGUUGCCAAAUCCGCGGGCAAGUUCAGUGUCGGGGAUCAGAUUACUAUCGCUGAUUUGUGUUUGAUUCCUGCUGCUUGGGGCGCUGAGAGAGUUGGUGUUGAUUUGAGGACAUUUCCGGUGACAAGUUCAAUUGUGAAGAACUUGGAAGAAGAGGAGGCUGUCAAGUUGGGUCAUUGGACGACUCAAGAUGAUACACCAGAGGAAUUGCGGGUUGUGGGUUAG